UGAAGUUAUGAAGCCCCUUUGAUUUGUCUCCAUUUUGGUUCAAAAUACUGCUUACACAAUAUUUGGAUAUACAUCCUUCCCUUCACCUAUAUUGAGAAAUAAAAAACAGUGCUCUUUUUUCUUUCACUCCAAACAAAACCAAUUCCUCCGAUUUUAACUCUAUCACCUAACCAGAAUUCAACUCUCUUUCUCUCUCCCACAGGGUUCCAGAGUCUAGAAGACAAUUGUCAAGAAAAGAAGCAAACAAAAAAUCAAAAAUACCCACAAAGCCAGAAAGCUUCAAUCUUUGGUAGGUAGCAAGAAGAAGAAGGAAUUUUCAGGAAAUUACCUUAAAAACAUGGAUAAUAUGCUAUGUGAUGAGCUGGUUCAAGAAAUCUUUACAAGAUUAUCAGAAUCACCAUCUUCUUCUUCUUCUUCUUCUUCAUUAUCGGUUUCUUUGGUGUCUAAGCGGUGGCUUCGCCUCUACCGGACUUCAAAAACCUCUUUAUCUCUUAGAAUUGACCAUGAUAAUUCUACAAUUCAAUCUUUGCCUUCUCUUCUUUCCCACUAUCCUUUUCUUUCCUCUCUUUCUCUCAUCCUCUCCUCUGACUCUGGCCCCACCUUAACAACCAACGCCACAGCUUUCAAUGACCAUCUUCUAUUUAUAGUGUCUACCUUUUGCUUAAAGAUUAAGCACCUCAGGUUCUUGGCUGGCCCUGUUUCUUUCUCCUCUCUCCUUUCUCUCUCUAAUACAUGUUCCCUUCUUACCUCUCUUACUAUUGUUCUGUGUAGGCCUCUUUUUUUCAAUUGGGUUGCCAAAUUUUCUUGUUUAAAGGAAUUAUCUAUUUAUUUAUGUCAAAGUGAUGAUUCUUAUUGCAAUAGAGAAUCUGAGUUGUGUUUAAACGAAGAAACUGAUGCAGAAUUGGGUUUAGAGAGUCUUUACUUAUCAGGAAUUAGAAGAGAUGAUCUUGGUUUUGGUUGGUUAUGGAGAAGUUGCAAAAAGCUAAAGAAAUUGCAGCUAAAGAGUUGUGAAGGUAUUGGUGAUGGAGGGUCUUUUUUGUCAUUUAUUAGUGUAUUAAAGGGUCUUCAACAAUUGGAGCUAAGGACUUGCAGGAGUAUAAUGAAUGGGAUUUUAUUAAAAUUAUCUGAGAAUUGUGAGUCUUUGGAUUCUCUGUUGGUUUAUGAUGGUGGUAGCAGAGAAGGUUUACUUCAUUUUAUUAGUAAUUGCAGGAGUAAUUUACAAAAGCUCGAUUUUCGAUUACCUUUAGACCUAAACAAUGAUCAUCUCUUAGCUAUGGCAAUGAAUUUUAGAACUCUUUCAAUUCUCAGGCUUCAGAGUUGUUGUUUAGUUACUGGUGAGGGGCUAAAAGCUCUUGGGAUUGCCAUAAAUUUAGGCCUGAAAGAAUUAGCACUGAUAAAUUGUGAUGUUGUUGAAAGGGAAUCAGGAUUGCUUGCUACGUUAGGUCAAAAUUUGAGGCAAUUAAGGAAAUUAGACUUAUCUUUUAAUGAAUCUUUGCUGGAUAAGGAGUUGAUUUCCAUGUUAGUUUCUUGCAAUUGUUUGAUUGAAUUGAGGUUAAGAGGUUGCAAGGGACUUACUAGUGCUGCAAUUGUUUCUAUGAUCAAGAGUUGCAAGAAAUUGGAAAUUGUUGAUAUCAUGCAUUGUUCUGGAAUUGAAGCUGAGGCUAUUGAGUUACUUGUUCUUAAUUCGCCGCGACUGAUACAAGUUCAAGUUGAGGAAAGUAAGCUUUCUGAUGCUGCUAAAACAUGGGCAUCACGUAAAUUCAUCGAGGUUGUUGCUUAAUUCAAGAAUUUAAAGAUAUCACAAAAAAAGAAAAAGAAAAAGAAAAAGUUCCAAAGAAGAAAAAAAGAAGGUAUAUGUCGCACACAAAACUACUACUUUUUUUGUUGUAUAUGUAUGUUUCUGCUGUAGAAUAUGUAGAAAGAGCUGCUUUUGCUCACAGAAUAAUACUGUCUGUACAGAUUUUUCAUUGUCUUAAAGAUUGAAUUCUUCUUGUCUUUGGCAAAUAAGAUGGCAAUUAUAGUUUCAGUUA